AUGUCUUUCUCCAAAAUCGCGGGUCUCCUGCUCAGCUCGGCCGCUAUAGUCGCUGGCCAUGGUUAUGUGUCGGGUGCUGUUGUUGACGGUACCUACCAUGGCGGCUUCAUUGUGAGCUCGUACAACUACAUGGACGAGGUGCCCGAGAACAUCGGAUGGGCCGAGGGUGCCACUGACCUUGGCUUUAUCGACGGCUCCGCAUACUCCAGCCCCGAUAUCAUCUGCCACAAGGAUGCCACCCCCGGUACGAUCUCCGCUGAGGUCAAGGCCGGUGGCUCCGUCGAGCUCCAGUGGACUGAGUGGCCCGAGAGCCACCACGGUCCAGUCAUCACCUACUUGGCCAACUGCAAUGGUGACUGCUCUUCGGUCGACAAGACUGCCCUCGAGUUCUUUAAGAUCGACGAGGCUGGUCUGAUUGACAACAGCAAUGUUCCCGGCACCUGGGCAUCUGACGAUCUCAUUGCCAACAACAACAGCUACACUGUGACCAUCCCCAGUGCCAUCGUCUCCGGCAACUACGUUCUCCGUCACGAGAUCAUUGGCCUUCACUCUGCCGGCGAGACCAACGGCGCCCAGAACUACCCCCAGUGUCUCAACCUGAAGGUUACUGGCGGUGGCAGCGACUCUCCCAGCGGCACCCUCGGUACCGAGCUCUACAAGGCCACUGACCCCGGCAUCAAGAUCAGCAUCUACACCUCCUUGGACUCUUACGAGAUCCCCGGUCCCGCCCUGUACACCGGUGCCUCAUCAGGCCCCUCGACCAGCACCGUUGCUUCCACAGCCCCAACCUCAGUCGUAGCCACCAGCUCUUCCGUCGGAGCAACCGUUACUGCCGCGCCUACCUCCAUUGCCUCAACCGUGAGUGCUUCUCCCAUCCCGAGUUCCUCCUCGUUCUCGCACCCGCACCUCACCCGCACUCUCACUCGCACUGCGCGUCCCACCUUCACCACAUAUGCUCCCACAGUCUCCAUCCCCAGUGAAUCUGGCCCUGAGGCCCCUGUUGAGACUGAGACUCCCAUCGAGACUGAGACUCCCAUUGUUCCUCCCACUAUCACCAAGACUACCACUGCUACUCAGGUUACUGACGAGCCUGCUCCACAGACUCCCAGUGCCUCCACUGACAGCGUCACCAUCACUGUGAGCUCCCCCGGCGGCCACUCCGCUCAGAGUUCCGCCCCCGCAGCUGGAGAGGGCUCCUCCGAGCCUAGUGUCACCUCUAACCCCAUCGCUGCGCCAACUUCUGGCUCUGGCUCUGGCUCUGGCUCUGGCUCUGGCUCUGGCUCUGGCUCUGGCUCUGGCUCUGGCUCUGGCUCUGGCUCUGGCCCUGGCUCUGGCCCUGGCUCCAUCCCCUCAUCUUCCUACCUGGACUCCCUGAGCGCCGAGCAGCUUCUCGCCCUCAUCCGUUCCACUCUCAAGUGGCUCGUCUCCAACAAGAAGGUGCACGCCCGCGACCUGUCAUCCUAA